AUGGUGGAGGAUGCGUUCUGCACGGUUCCCACACCUGAGAUCCGUGCACAUAGUUUGUAUUUUGAUCUGUCGGCGUAUGGCAUCGACACUGUGAAGGAAUCACGCAGCUCCUCUCAGCCGGCAGCGAAGCCUGGAUUCCAUCUGAAGAUCUACGGAACGUUCCGGAACCGCUACAUGGCUCUGGCCUGCACUUCAGACGCAGACUCCAAAAUGAUGCACUUCCUGCGCCAUACAGCCAACUCUUCAAUCAUGAAGAACAUCUUCCACCAGUCGUUCAAUGCGUACAAGACAGACAUCGAGCCACGUCUGAGUGAACUCACGCUGCACAACAUGCAGUGCAGCCGCAAGCUGUUCGAGAUCAUGCUGUCCUACAGACGCGUCAGUGCUGCUUACAUCGAAGGAGACAAUGUUGCCGUGACUGUGGAAGGAGAAGCUGCGCGAGUGCUCAACUUUGACACUGGUUGUGGUGUGAAUCUGGGCAUGAGAGGACUGGAGUCGCUGGGAAUGUUCAUCUACAGAACGGCCACGGCGCUGGACCAGAAUGACGUGUUUGAGGCACUCUCGGCCAAAAUCCAGCACUCCAGACACGUGGCAGAGACUUUCAGGAAGAGCGGACUGGCCUCGGCAGUGUUUGAAUGACCCUGAGCAUGUGUGUGUGUGUGUGUUUUGAGGUGAGUUAAAAACUUACAACACAUAAUGCUUACAAACUGAUCUAUUUUGUGAUCGUUUUUGGAAUGUUGAAUAUUCAAUGCACAUUAGAGUGACCAAAGUUUGUGUAUUAGCAUUUCAUUUGUGAAAACAUUUGGUAAUUAUUGGUGUCAUGUGAUGAUAAAUAGUGCAUUGUGUUUUUGAGUAGAUCAAACAUCUCCACAAAAACAAGAAUUGGAGACGAUUCAGUCUAAAAUGACCACUAAUCUCACUGAGGAUA